AUGGCUUCAACACAAGAUCCAAAGAACGCGACUUACAGUCAGUUUGCUUGUAUCGGAGCCGGUGUCUCGGGAAUUGCCCUUGGCGCAACGCUACAGAGGUGGUAUGGCAUCACAGAUAUCCGCCUAUUCGAGCGGCAUCAUGACGUUGGAGGGACAUGGCUAGCGAACGAAUACCCAGGCUGCGCAUGCGAUAUACCGAGUGCCCUAUAUAGCUUCUCGUUCGAACCGAAGGCGGACUGGACCCGAGUUCUCCCAUCCAAUGAGGAGCUCUGGCUGUAUAUUAAAGGCGUUGCUGAAAAGUACGAUUUACUGACCAAGACGUCCUUCUGUUCCACCGUCGAGAGGUGUGAAUGGAUACAAGACACCAACCGCUGGCGCCUUCACGUCCGGCACGAAGCCGGCCAACUUUUCAAUCAUGAAUGCCAGUUCCUAUUCAGCGGUUCCGGCAUACUCGUCCAUCCGCGAAAGCUAGACGUCCCAGGCGCCGAGACUUUCAAGGGACCUAUUUUCCACUCGUCCCAGUGGCGGAAAGACGUGGACCUCACCGACAAGAAUGUGGUGCUCUUCGGAAACGGGUGUACCGGCGCGCAGAUUGUUCCUGCUAUCGUCAAGUCAACUAAACACCUCACACAGAUUGUCCGAUCGAAGCAUUGGAUCUUCCCUCCCAUAGACGGACUCAAUUCGAGGUUAAUAACCCUCGUAAAUAAGCUUAUACCCGGAAGCAUGCUUCUCCAACGGUUCGCGGUCUUUUUAGUAGCUGAAAAUUCUCUGCGAGGGUUCGCCAUGACGAAAGCAGGCACCCGGUUCCGGAAGAAAAAGCAAGCCAAAGCUGAAAAGUACAUGCGAUCAACGGCACCCGGAAAGUACCACGACAUUCUGAUCCCGGACUUUGAGGUCGGUUGCAAGCGGCGAAUCUUCGACUCCGGAUACCUCGAAAGCCUACACGAGCCAAACCUGCUCUUGACGGAUGAGCCCGUUCUAGAAAUUGUUCCAGAGGGCGUCCGAACGAAGGACCGUGUCAUCAAAGCCGACGUUAUCGUUCUCGCCAACGGCUUCGAUACUAAUAACCCGUUGGCCGGUGUUGAAAUUGUUGGUCGCGACGGCGUAGAAAUUCGGCAGCAUUGGGAUUCCUUCGGCGGAAGCGAGGCGUACCAGUGCUCGGUGCUUAAUGAAUUCCCAAAUUUCUUCCUAAUUCUCGGCCCUAACUCCGCCACGGGACAUACCUCGGCGAUAAUGGCAGCAGAAAACUCCAUCAACUACGCUCUUCGUGUCAUUAAGCCGGCGCUUGAAGGAAAGUGCAGCACUGCUGAGGUGAAGAUGGAAGCAGAAAAAGCGUGGGUGAGCCGAGUCCAUUCGGCCUUGCGAGAGACAGUUUGGUUCUCCGGCUGCCAUAGCUGGUACAUUAAGGAUGACGAGAAAACUGGUGAACGUUGGAACGCCAUGAGUUACCCGUAUUCACAGGCGUAUUUCUGGUACGAGAGCUUGUUCCCCAAAUAUCGUGACUGGACUUAUACGGGUCCAUCAUCCACAUCGUCCAUCCGACGCAAGACCCAUUGGAAAAAGCUGGCAUUGCUCCUGGCGAUAGGGGCUCUCAUCGGUCUUGUCUUCCAUUCGCCAACAAUAAUUAUGAACGGCGAUGACCUCGACGUCUGA